AACACCAUGUCGACAAUGGCGCCCACGGAGCAUGCCCUCGCAGCUGCCACGACAGCAACGCCGCCGCCGCACUUCGUCACCGUCCCUCUCGCGGCGCAGGGCCACAUCAUCCCCCUGGUAGGCCUCGCGCGCCUCCUAGCGGAGCGCGGCGCGCGCGCGAGCGUCGUCACCACGCCGCUCAACGUCGCGCGGCUGCGGGGCGUGGCCGAGCAGGCCGCUCGCGCCGGGCUGCCCCUCGAGUUCGUCGGGCUGCCGUUCCAGCCGCCCGACGCCGGCUUGCCCCUGGACUGCCAGAACUUCGACAUGCUCGACGACAACAGCCAGUUCAACCCCUUCUUCGACGCGUUGCGCGAGCUCGCCGGUCCGUUCGAUGCCUACGUGCGCGCUCUGGCGCCGCGCCCGAGCUGCAUCAUCUCCGACUGGUGCAACCCGUGGACGGCUGGCGUGGCCAGUGGCCUCGGCAUCCCUCGGCUGUUCUUCUACGGGCCAUCAUGCUUCUUCUCGCUCUGCGACCUCAAAGCCACCGAGCACGGGCUGCACGAGCGGAUUGCCGCGGGCGACGACCGGGAGCAGUACGUCGUGCCAGGAGUACCGGUGCCCGUGAAGGUGACCAAGGCCACAGCCCCUGGUUUCUUAACCCACCCAGGGUGCGAGAUGUUUCGCUAUGAGUCCAUAGAGGCCAUGCGCACGGCCGAUGGCGUGGUGGUGAACACGUUCUUGGACCUCGAGGCCCAGUUCGUCGCGUGCUACGAGACGGCGCUGGGCAAGCCGGUGUGGACGGUCGGUCCGCUCAGCCUCGUCAACCGGGACUUGGAGGCCACGGCGUCGCUCGGGAAGACGGUCGCAGUUAACCAGCAGGCGAUCACGGCGUGGCUUGACGAGCAGGCCCCCGACUCCGUCAUGUACGUCAGCUUCGGCAGCAUCGCGCGGAAGUUUUCGAAGCAGCUGUUCGAGGUCGGCCACGGCCUCAAGGAUUCCGGCAAUCCGUUCCUCUGGGUUGUGAAGGAAUCCGAGGCGACUUCACCGGAGGUCCAACAAUGGCUCCACGCCCUGGAGGAGUGCACGGCCGGGCGCGGUCUCGUGGUGCGCGGGUGGGCACCGCAGCUCACCGUCCUGUCGCACCGCGCCGUCGGGGGCUUCGUCACGCACUGCGGGUGGAACUCGCUCCUUGAGGCCAUCGCCCACGGCGUGCCGGUGGUGACGUGGCCGCACUUCGAGGACCAGUUCCUGAACGAGCGGCUGGCCGUGGACGUGCUCGGGGUCGGCGUGCCCAUAGGCGUGACGGCCCCCGUAUUCAUUCUGGACGACGAGCCCGUGCCGGUUGUGCGGGGCGACAUCUUGCGCGCUGUGUCCGCGCUGAUGGGCGGAGGCGAGGAGGCCGACGAGAGGAGGAGGAAGGCCAAGGAGUACGGAGAGAAAGCUCGGAGGGCCAUGGAGAAAGGAGGCUCGUCGUACGAAAACCUGACGCGGCUAAUAGAAAGCUUCGUGCAGAGUGGAGUCAAAGAACACUAGGACAGAUCAGUACAAGGCUCCUACGUUGCUAGAAUUCUUCGACUUCACUGCAUGAUGCGCGAUCUCAUGAGUUAUGAAUAGUGGCUUUUGUCGUAUUAUUUGUGAUAAUAUGAGCAUAUAUAUAUAUAUAU